ACUGACUUGUGUGUUUGCUUUAUAUCAGCAUCAUCUAACCAUCUCUCUGGUCAUGGUUGGCCGCCCUUUGAUGACGGUUUUGGGAGACGUCGACGACCUCGACAGAGACCAUCAAAGCCUGCGUUCAAAGAUGACUUCUUCAAAAUCAAACUGCCUAAUAUCGCCGAGAGACCUGAAUGGUGGUGGAGGACACUAGCUUGUAUCCCUUAUCUGAUAUCCCUCCAAGUAUCUGACGUCGGAAUCUACGUCCGACCUUUUCUAGAAAAGUACGACGCCACUGGAAACAUUAUUAAAUUCAUCCCCGGAGCGAUAACCAGAUGGCCGAGGUGGUUCUUCAUGCAGUACUGUUACUUGGGUUGCACGUUCUUGGUGAAGAACAAAGAACUGCCUCAUUUUUUUAGGUUUCACGUGAUUAUGGGUAUACUUCUCGAAACAGCUCUUCAGAUCAUAUGGUGCACCAGCGAUUUCUUCCCGUUGAUUCAUUCCAGAGGAAGGCUUGCGAUGUAUUACGAGACGGCGAUGGGAUUCGCAUACAUCUGUCUGCUUCUUGAAUGCAUACGGUGCGCUCUCGCUGGAGUUUAUCCUCAGAUUCCUUUCGUGGCCGAUGCUGCUUCCAUUCACACUCGAGACACCACUAAGGUGAAAAGAUGAUACUCAUGGUGUUGCAUACUUGAUAUAGGAUUUAUUUGUUUUCAUUUUGUUCGCUUGGAUGAUGAUGGUACUUAGUAAAUAAGUUUGAAGAUAUCAGUUUGUAAUCGACCACGAUGGUGUGUGUGUGUGAGAGGGAGAGACUUGUUAACAAAACCUUGAUGUGAAUUAAAAUUCUUGUUCUGGAAUAUAAGCACAUUCUGACGAUCUUCUAAAUUUUUCCAGAGUCCUUAAUGGCCAUUGCGCUGAAAUGUUAUUUGUUUCGUAUCAGAAUGGCCUUUUCUUCACUCCACCCACCUUAUCCAUACAGCCUCCCAAGUCAAUAAUACUCUAUUCCCUGAACCAAACAACUGCUUUUAAAGUUUUUCUAUAUAAAUAUGUUAGUUCAGUU